AUGUCUUCCGAGUCUGGUCAACCUGACGCAGCACCUCCUUCUGAUGCCGUCCUCGAAAAGACCUUACGCGACAUUGUGCGCAAGGCCGAAGUCGAUCCUAUAACUGUCAAAAGAGUGCGCACCGCUGCCGAGGAGCGUCUAGGACUUGAUGCUGGUUUCUUCAAAAGCCAUGACGAGUGGAACGAAAAGAGCAAGNNGGAAAUCAUAGAAGACGCUUUCACAAAGCCAGCUUCUAAGCGCCAGAAGCGCUCCGUUUCUGGAUCAGAACAAUCUGACUUCGAAUCCGAACCAGAGCCUGAGCCUAAGCCUAAGCCCAAACCUAAGCCAGCUCAAAGCAAGUCGCAGACUAUGAUUUCGGACGAUGAAGAAGAGCAAGACGGUUCCAAUGCCGAGGUCCAGGAAAAGGAGGUUGCUGCUGGUCACGAUUCCGAGAGCGAGAUGUCGCGAAAGCCGCCAAGNGCUGCUGCUAAACCUUCCGAGCUCAGCGAAGAGGAUCAAACUAUUAAGCGGUUGCAGAGCGAGCUUGUAAAGUGCGGUGUGCGGAAACUCUGGCAUCGCGAGCUAGCCAGUUACGACACACCAAAAGCUAAGAUAGGCCAUCUGAAGCAGAUGCUGAAGGAUGUUGGCAUGACUGGACGUUUCUCUGAGCAGAAGGCCAAGGCCAUCAAGGAACGAAGAGAACUUGAGCAGGACCUGGAAGCCGUGCAAGAAGGAGCAAAGCAAUGGGGCAAUGAUGACGACGAUGGAUCCGAGUCUGAAGAUGCACCCCGACCUCAACGCAGAGCAGCUGCAAAUCGUUUUGUCGACUUUGGCGAAGACGAUGAAGAUGAUGAUGACUAA